AUGCCUCAAAUUAAAUUAUUGUUGGGAUUAACAUCUUAUAAAGAUUUUAUUGGGACAAACUGUGCCUCAGAAUCGGAAAUAUUGAUUAAUUUAGGAUUGCAAAAUCAUGGUAAUUCUCAGGCCUAUGCAUCUGAUCCUCUGGGUGUUGGUGCCUUGAUUGUAACCAAUGAUAACAAUAUUAUUUUUAUUAGAAGAAGUGGACAGUGUGCUGAAUUCCCAUUUAUGGUCGAUCGUCCAGGAGGCCAUCCGGAACCAGAUGAUGUCAUUGCUAAAGCUGGGGAAGAUUUUCAGAAUAUGGACCCAUCUUUGAUUCUUGAAGAAAUAUUUGAUUCCAUUCUAAAAGAAGUUACUGAAGAAGUGAAUAUUCCCAUACAAAAUCUUUCUUCACCUGUCCUUUUGGGUGUUAGUUAUAAUCCUUUAACAAUGAGAACCCCAUCUUUGGAGUUUUAUCUUAAAUGUGAUUUCAGUACCAAUGAAAUUAAAGAAUUAUACACAAGACUAAUUAAAGUUGAUAUUGAAGAAUCUACUGAAUUAAUCAUUAUACCUGUUGAAGAAGUUUUAGAUAAUGAUUUGGAGAAGCUCAAAUAUUAUGAUCAAUUGACAUUUGGAGCUAAAGCAUCUGUUUCGCAUCUUCACUUCUGUCAUCAACUCAGAGGUAGUGAAUCUAGUGGAUCAGCUGAUAGUUCUGUUAAUGAUUCGUUGGACAUCUGGUAUGAAUUUGAAUCAUUUGUAGUGCUCAAUGUCUUUAGAAGUGAAGGCAGAACUUUAGUAGGAAAUAAUUCUCGAAGGAUUUCCGAAGAACAGCUUGUUGGAUCUUGA